AUGGCCGCUGCACAAUUGCCAGCACUUCGCCCGUGCCAGGGCAUGGGAAAACUACAAUCAAGAUAUGGGCGGGAUUACUGGUCCCUGUCACACAUACUGGUGAUAUUGACACAACUACUGGCACUGCUAUCUAUGAGUGUCUUCCUGCUGAUGAAUUAUAGAGACAGCUUUUUGGAUGGGGCACUGAAUCAUGUACAUGGGUACAUGACUUCGGCAACAAUGAUUGAUGUGGCCAAUGACUUUUCACAGCAUGUCAAAGCUGCCAUGAUAUUUGAUGACGAGAAGGACAAUAAGGGAGGGCCAACCAAAGGAUAUGUCAAAAAUGACAUUAUGAUGCUCCAGGAAUUAGUGACAAAGCUCAUGGAGCUAGCUCAAGAAGCAGGCGGAGAGACCGACAAAGAUGAACAUGAGGGCAAGCGCAAUACUGAUUACCUGCGAGCAGUGAAAGGAGUUGAAGAGACGAAGGACCUAUCUCUCCUCCAGUACAUAUAUGUAGCAUGCUAG